AUGGCGACCGAACCGUACAGAUUGUCGGCGACCCAAGCCUCGGCCAAGAUCCGGGCCGGCGAGUUGACCGUCGAGGAAUACGCCCGCUCCCUCCUCUCCCACAUCGAGAAGAGAGACCCUGUCGUGAAGGCGUGGGAGUACCUCAACCCGGACCAGGUCAUCGCGCGAGCAAAGGAGCUGGACGCGAUCCCGCCAGAGAAGCGCGGCCCUCUGCACGGCGUGGCGAUCGCCGUCAAGGACGUCAUCUACACCAAGGAUAUGCCCACCCAGCACGGCUCGCCCAUCUACGCAGGAGACGCGCCAAAGGUCGAUGCCGGAUCCAUCAUCGUGCUUCGACAAGCCGGCGCCCUGCUCCUCGGCAAGACAACGACAACCGAGUUCGCCGCGACAGUUCACGGACCCAAGACGGUCAAUCCGCACGGAACGACCCGGACGCCCGGCGGCUCGUCCUCGGGCUCGGGCGCCGCCGUCGCCGACUUCCAGGCCCCGAUCGCCCUCGGCACCCAGACGGGCGGGAGCACCAUCCGACCCGGCUCCUUCAACGGUAUCUACGCGCUCAAGCCGACGUGGAACUCCAUCAGCCGCGAGGGCCAGAAGAUCUACUCGCUGAUCCUCGACACCCUCGGCUUCUUCGCCCGCAGCGUCGAGGACCUGCAGCUCAUGGCCGACGUGUUCGAGCUGCAGGACGACGAGCCCCCUCGGGCCGAGUUCCCCGUCAAGGGCGCCCGGUUCGCCCUCCUCAAGACCAUGGUCUGGCCGCAGGCGGGGCCCGGGACGCAGUCGGCCAUCGCCAAGGCGGCGGAGCUGCUCCGGGCGCACGGGGCCGAGGUCGAGGAGAUCGAGCUCGCGGCCGACCUGCAGAAUCUGCCCGAGUGGCACGCGACGGUGCUGCACAGCGACGGCAGGCCGACGUUCCUCCCGGACUACCGCGCGGCCCGGGGCCAGCUCCACGAGUUCCUGGCCUCGCACGUCGAGAACGCGAACAAGAUCACCCGGAGGGCGCAGCUGGAGGCCUUUGACAACAUCGCCGCUGCGCGGCCGAGGGUCGACCGGGUCCUGGGCGGGUACGACGCCGUGCUGGCGCCGAGCGUCGUCGACGAGGCGCCGGAGGGCAUCGCGAGCACGGGGAGCGCGGCCUUUAACGGCCUCUGGACGGCACUCCAUGUUCCCGUUGUCAACGUCCCCGGGUUCCAGGGCCCCAACGGGAUGCCUGUUGGCGUCUCGCUCAUCGCGCCUCGGUACCAUGACCGCCACCUCUUGACUGUUGCGAAGGCGGUCGGAGACAUCUUUGAGGCCGAAGGAGGGUGGAAGUCGGCACUGUGA